AUGCUCAGUCAAAAAGCCCCAGCGAAGUGUGGUUUCCAAAGAACAAGCCGUGCAUUCCGAGUUGUGCCACCCAACACCACAAGCACACCCGAGUCCCAGGUGCACUGCUAUACGCACUUCUUUACGGGACACUUAAUCCUACCCCUCCGUGACAAACGGCCGCCGAGGCCGCAGGAGUGGACGAAGUUCGGCGAAACGCUGCCGGCACCGCUCCCGCCCCGCCGCCCACGGCCCCCUGUGCCCCCUCCCCACGCACAGCCCGCCCCACGCAGCCCCUCCCGCUCCCCUCUGCCCCUCGCUGGAAACUUUCUGCCGGCGGCAGCACCGGCACCGAACGGCGGGCGCCGAGGCCCGGAGAGGGACCCCCGAGGCCCUCACCCGCGGCGGGACCGGCAUCGCCUCAGCGACUCGCCGGAGUUUCCAGAGCGCGAAGCGGGUCUCGCCGAGGUCGGCAACAAACCCGUGCGCACCCCCUGCACCGAGCCCUUGCCCCCUCGCCUCCCUCCCCUACCCUCCACCCCUCGCCAAGCGGCGGGAGAACAACUUUUGCGGUGGCGCUUGCCCUCUCCCGGGCCGGGCCGGGCCGGGGCGAGGCGCGCAGGGCUGAGGGGAAAAGGCGCGCGGGGCCGUUACCUGAUGUCCCCGCUGGGCUGCAGGGCAGGGCAGAGUCCCCACCGUCCCCUUCAUGCCCGACCCGCCCUGAGGCACAAGUCUUCAUCCAGCUUCCUCCCCCGCAGGCAGCGCCUCCUUCCCUCCUCCCGGCGGGGCGGUAGCCCCGGGCGCUGGGCGAGCGCCGCUCUGGCAGCCUCGCCGGCGCGACGGGGAGGGAAGGAGGAAUGCGGGGAGGGAGGAGAAGAGGCCGAGCAGGGGGCGGGAAACGAGCUGUGCCCUCCCUCUCUCUCUCUCUCCUUCCCUUCUCGCCGCGCCGGCACACGGCGGCCGGGGAAAAGUCCGGCUUCGCGGGCUGCCGGUUCCCUCCUCACCGGGCCGCCCACAGCCCGCCGCGGCGCCCCGUGGCAACAGGCGCCCGGUGCGGCCCCACCGCCCCCACCGGCGGGACACUUAAUCCUACCCCUCCGUGACAAACGGCCGCCGAGGCCGCAGGAGUGGACGAAGUUCGGCGAAACGCUGCCGGCACCGCUCCCGCCCCGCCGCCCACGGCCCCCUGUGCCCCCUCCCCACGCACAGCCCGCCCCACGCAGCCCCUCCCGCUCCCCUCUGCCCCUCGCUGGAAACUUUCUGCCGGCGGCAGCACCGGCACCGAACGGCGGGCGCCGAGGCCCGGAGAGGGACCCCCGAGGCCCUCACCCGCGGCGGGACCGGCAUCGCCUCAGCGACUCGCCGGAGUUUCCAGAGCGCGAAGCGGGUCUCGCCGAGGUCGGCAACAAACCCGUGCGCACCCCCUGCACCGAGCCCUUGCCCCCUCGCCUCCCUCCCCUACCCUCCACCCCUCGCCAAGCGGCGGGAGAACAACUUUUGCGGUGGCGCUUGCCCUCUCCCGGGCCGGGCCGGGCCGGGGCGAGGCGCGCAGGGCUGAGGGGAAAAGGCGCGCGGGGCCGUUACCUGAUGUCCCCGCUGGGCUGCAGGGCAGGGCAGAGUCCCCACCGUCCCCUUCAUGCCCGACCCGCCCUGAGGCACAAGUCUUCAUCCAGCUUCCUCCCCCGCAGGCAGCGCCUCCUUCCCUCCUCCCGGCGGGGCGGUAGCCCCGGGCGCUGGGCGAGCGCCGCUCUGGCAGCCUCGCCGGCGCGACGGGGAGGGAAGGAGGAAUGCGGGGAGGGAGGAGAAGAGGCCGAGCAGGGGGCGGGAAACGAGCUGUGCCCUCCCUCUCUCUCUCUCUCCUUCCCUUCUCGCCGCGCCGGCACACGGCGGCCGGGGAAAAGUCCGGCUUCGCGGGCUGCCGGUUCCCUCCUCACCGGGCCGCCCACAGCCCGCCGCGGCGCCCCGUGGCAACAGGCGCCCGGUGCGGCCCCACCGCCCCCACCGGCGGUAGCUCCGCGGCUCUGA